AUGGCAGCAAAUUCGACUGAAACAUUUCUAGAUGUCAGUGCAACAAAUUCAACUCAAGAGAUUCUCGAUACCAUUGUAACAACGUCAACUUCUGAUACAGCUUUCGACAGUAUUGCAACAAGUUCAACUGGAACAUUUAUCGAUAUCAUUACAGCAAAUUUGACAGACGCGUUUGUCAAUAAUACAGUACAAAAUUCAACGAAUAUAACUGAAGAAGUACUCGACAUUAUUGGUGUGAAAUCAUAUGAACAAGUUCUCGAUAUAAUAUCAGCGUGCAUGUUACUUAUUGUUGCUUUUGUUGGAACUGCCGGCAAUAUUCAAGUGUUUUAUAUUGUCUACGCUAACAAAAAACUAAGAACCCCUCCGAACAUCCAACUGGUAUCGUUAGCUGCAGCAGACAUGUUAGUUUGUAUCAUAACAUCAUUGAUGCGGUUUUUUGUUAUGGUGAAAAGUCUUCUACAUGGGGAAAUCAACAUAAAUGGUCCUUUUUGUAUCGGUCAAAUAUUUGUUAUUUACACCUCAACUAUGACAACUAUAGUUUCUCUGGGAACUAUCGCUGCUAUUAGGGCGAUAACUGUAGCAGAUAAGUUGUCACCAAGCACCAAGAGAACAGUUAUCUACAGUUUGAUCUCUGUCAAUUGGAUUACAGGGUUGGGAUAUGGUACAUGGAAGGCAUGGGCCGGGGAGGACCUCGCGUGCAAUCCAGAACCCAUAAGUCAGGAAGUGAGAAACGCAUCAAGGGGUGGCAUACUCAUGGUAUUUCUAACACUGUGUACAAUUGUUGUGUCCUAUUCCUACAUCUACCACGUGACCAACCGACAUGAGAAAUCAUUUCAACGAGCUAUGAAGGCAGCAGACAAUAGUGGGCAACGACAACGCAAAACAACGAAUCUUGCAACAUUGAAGGUAGCCGUUUUACUCAUUUCUAUGUUCAUAAUAUCAUAUUUUCCAGUUCCAUUAUAUGGUUUGCUUAUAUCCAAUAAUGAUAGCUAUAGAAAUGAGCAUGUAGCUAGUUUCUUUUUUUCUUUUAUGUGUUUGGGCAGCUUGAUAAAUCCUAUAAUAUACUCCCUAACUUCUAAUCAGUUUAAAAAUCACCUAUUCUUUAAGAAAAACAACAAAAUACAGCCAAUAGAACAGGAAAGAAACCCCGUGUAA